CUAACGUGGUUCAUGGGGGGUUUCCUGACUCUAAGCAUCGCCUAAGAGCAGAGAGAGGGAUAGAGAAGGAGAAGCAGGAGUUUAGAGGAGGAUGGCGGCCAUCAAGGCUCUUCAGCAGUGGUGUAAAGUCCAGUGUGAUGGCUACAGAGAUGUGAAUAUAAUCAACAUGACCACUUCAUUCAGAGACGGACUGGCUUUCUGCGCUCUCAUCCACAAGUUCAGACCCGACCUCAUAAACUUUGACUCCCUGAGUAAGGACAAUGUGUAUGACAACAACCGUUUGGCAUUUUGUGUUGCUGAGGAUCAUCUGGGAAUUCCAGCUCUCCUGGAUGCAGAGGACAUGGUGGCUCUUCCCGUCCCAGACCGCCUCAGCAUUCUUACUUACGUCUCGCAGUACUACAACUACUUCAAGGGACGCUCACCCAGUAAGACUACUGUAUAUGACAUGGGAGGAGUUGGAGGUGUCAAACGGCCGGCAGAGGACUCAAAAGAGGAGCCAUCAGAAAAGAAGAAUCUUCCUGUCACUGCCAAACCCUACAGCCCCAAAACACAUCCAGUGUCUUCUUCUGUCUCUUCUAAACCCACUCCAAACCGUCCACCAUCGCAUUUCACUCAGAACAGCAGCGCAAACAAGCAUGUCUCGACCCCUCUGACACAGCAGCGUGGCCAGGAAAAGCACCCCGUAUCCAAAAACAUCAAGACGACCUCUCCAAGCACUGAUUCAGCAUCCACGGUGAAAACCCCAGGCAGGAACGCUGAGAAGCCUGUUUUAGUCGAGAGCUCCAAUAAAACUGGCACCCUGAACAGUAAGUGUGCCGUGUGCAGGAGUCACGUUCACUUGGUUCAGAGACACCUAGUGGAUGGGAAACUGUACCACAGGAGCUGCUUUAAGUGCUGCGAAUGUUCGGCUGCUUUACAGUCCGGGGCGUAUACAUCUGGCCAGCAGCCUGGCACGCUGCGCUGCUCUUCAUCUCGCUGUACUCCGAACGGCUUUAAGUCUUCAGCUAAGCAUAAUGGGUCGGAUGCGACUGGACUCGAACCUGAGCGCGGAAAUGAGCCAUCACCUCGGCAGCAUUGCUCAGUUCUGACCAGCCCUGUGAAACCUAUUCCCAGAUCAGUUCAGCCAACUCCAGCACCAGAGCCUUGGACCGCUUCAGCACUAAGGACUCAAGCUGCCAGGAAAAGGUUUUUCCUUUCUGCCUCAGAGGCCUCUACUCCCCAGAACAUCAUUGCACCGAAGUGUGAAGAAGACAAGGAGCGAGCGGCGGCAUUGAUCUCUCAGAAAUUGGCCGAAGGAAACUGCAACAAUAAUAACAAAGCUUAUAGCUGUGGGCUCAGUCCAGACAACAGAUCUGUUGAAGUCCUCAGCUCCGAGCAGGAGAGACGUGGCUCAGGCACAGAAGUCGAAACUGGACAUUUGCGUAUUUCUCUCACCAACACCAGCAGCACGGAGUCCCUGUGGCUGAGUGGCAUAAACAAAGAGCACACCAGACCUCCCUCCUCUUCCCUCUUCAUCGCCAGAGCUACAGCCAAAGAUGUGGGGAGCUGUGAAGGCCCAAAGCUGAAGACAGCUUCAAAUGAACCAGGACUAAAAACAUUCACUGAGGAUAAUGUGACUCCUAAACAAAACAAAAUCAUCUGCAAUGAUAACCGGUUGAGUCACCAGUACGCUACUUCUGUGCCAGGCUUCCAGACCACAGACAUUACUCCUCGUGCUGAUUUGUACACUCAGAAAUCUUCAGGCUCUAAAUCUGAGCGUUCCUCAGCAAGCUCAUCACCCAGGUGUACGCUGCCAUGUACAGAUCAACACCGCGGAGGCCUGGCUGAAUCUAGUUGUAUAUCAGGAAAUUACCAAUCCUGUCCAUCCCUCCAGCCUCUAGUGGAUGACGCCGAAAACCCUUCACAGCCGGAAACAAAGUCACUCCAGAUCAAGUCUCGGCACAUACCAACGGAGCAGAUCACUAAGGAGCUGCAGGAAAUUGAGAACAGCCUGAGUGAAUUGGAGAAAGCGGGAAUUGACCUGGAGAGAAGACUACGCAGCUGUGAGGAAGAGGGCAGCGGGGACAUUUUGGCAGAUCCGUUGAUGGUGGACUGGUUCAACCUGAUUCGGAAGAAGCAAAGUUACAUACGGAGGGAAUCUGAGCUCAUGUACAUAGCAAAAACUCAAGAUUUAGAGGAGCAGCAGCCAGGAGUGGAAGGAGAGCUCAGGAGACUGAUUAAUAAACCAGAGCAUCUGAAAAGCCCUUCAGAAAGGAAGAGAGAGUCAGAUCUCAUGAAGAGGCUGGUGGAGAUCGUCAAUGACAGGAACGCCAUUGUGGACGUCCUGGAGGAAGACAGACGGAGGGAGGAAGAAGAGGAUCAGCAACUGAAUGAAAUGAUGCACCGGCUUGGUGUGCGGAAACGAAAGAGCAGGAGGACGUCGUCCUUCUCGAAGGUGUUCAGACGCAGGAGUAAAAACGAAGGAAGGAAGGAAGAAUGAUCCGCAUCCAAGCCGGGUGACUCGAUGCAGCCGUCUCGGCACACACAACCGCUCGAGUUCCUCGAAGAAGCGUUGCAGGUCAGAUUUUUAUGGUGUUUAUUUAAUAUAAUAAAACAGAAAACACACAGUGCCUUGUUUGUGCUCCGUGGUUUACAUCCCAUCAGACUGCACUCAGCCACAUCGAAAACAUCUGUUUUAGUGUUUUUGUUUUCCGUACUUAACCUUUGCUUCAUGCAGGUUUUACUUCAUGAGGAAAUGAGUUGGUUUAGGAGAUAAAAAAUUAACAUUGGAUUGGAUUUUAUUUUGUAGUUUGAUGUACACUUGGAACAUCAAACUUAAACAUGGAAUUGAUAUUUCUAAUCAUUUAAUUACAUUUAUUUAUUUAUUAAUGUAUUAUUAUUAUUAUUAUUAUUAUUAUUAUUAUUAUUGCUACUACCUUACAAAAAUCUCUAUCCCUAUACAUUCAACACAACUCACAUACAAACCUGGCCAAACAUCUUGCACAUUUCUGUGUAGCUUCACUUUCCCUUUUGCCCUUAAGGUGGCACUACAGGCUCACAUGCCCCUCAGAAGAGUAUUUAAAAAAAAGAAAUAGAUAGACAGAAAGAAAGAACGCACCCUACAUGCCAACUCUUCCACCCUUGCUCAAUAUAAACUCACAUUUAGUGAGAAAUCUUUAACUAAAUCAAGCUGGCAUUAUUGAAAGUUUUUUAUUAUUAUUAUUAUUAUUAUUAUUUAUUUUUUAUUUUUUUUAUUCUAAAGAGACAAAUAAUUAGUCUUGUUUUUUUUAAUGCAUUAAACAAUGUGUGGAUUGUGGUAACGUGGUGCAGAUAAAUGUUGUUGAUUGCAGAAAGACUUGUGUGUUUAUGCGCAGUGGAAUAAAUUGCGGGGAAAAAAAUAUUUUUUAGUGAUUAAGCCGACUUUUUAAAAAUACUUUCAAUUGCAUGCAAACUGUAAAUAUGUUGUUGUUGAACAUUUUUACUAUGUUUCUUCUUUUUUAAUUACUUGGUAUAAUAAAAGUAUAAGACACAUUUUAAUAGUUGUUUACUCUGUGUGUGUUGUUGCAGUUUUAUCUUCUUCAUUAUGCUAUAACCAAAACAUUCACUUCUCCAUUUCUGUUGUGAGAUGGUGAGGUGUUGACAGUCCUCAAGGAGGGUCUCUGAACUACCCUACAAGUCUAUAGAGAUUUGGAUAUAGACUUCGUGUUCGCUGUUGAAGUAAGUGUGUGUGUGUGUGUGUGUGUGUGUGUUCAUGCACACAGUUCCAGUAUGAAAGUUGCCUGUAUUCCCAUAGAGUCUUCUUGGGGGAUGUGUGGAACUGGCACUGCUCUAUUUUCCAACUGAAAUAUCUCACAAUUUUGGACAACAAAGUGUGUGUUUAAAAGUUGCUCCAGUUUUAUCCAAAAGUUUUUCUUCUCUAGAUGUAAAAAAAUAAAUAAAUUUGCUGAGGCAUGUAACUUCCUGCAGUAUUUAAAAA